GCUGAUGGCGAGGAAGAUGAGGGACACGGACAGCGAGGAGGAGAUCCGGGAGGCGUUCCGCGUCUUCGACAAGGACGGCAACGGCUACAUCAGCGCGGCCGAGCUGCGGCACGUCAUGACCAACCUGGGCGAGAAGCUGACGGACGAGGAGGUGGACGAGAUGAUCAAGGAGGCCGACUGCAACAACGACGGGCAGGUCAACUACGAGGAGUUCGUGAGGAUGAUGACGGAGAAGUGACGGCCCCGCCGGCCACCCCCGGCUCCGUCCCGCAGGUAAUGGGAUCCAUUAUCCUCCCUGGGAUCCAUUGCCCAUGGAAAAUCCCCAAAUUUUGGCUCUCCCUUCUCAUGUUGGGGGUUGGAAAAAAUCGA